CAGUUGUAGAUCGGCGGGCUUUGGCUCCGGAAGGAAGUUUUGGGGGGGUCCCCUUGGCUGGAGCAUCUCUCGGAGGGGGAUUUUGUGGGCGUUUAGGCUGUGAGGGGAAGGGGGGGGAGGGUUUAGCUCCCCACCCCAUGUGGGCUCGCUGUGCAAGGUGGGUUUUAACUCCCUGUGUUUAGUUGUGAAAAGGGGUUUUGGAAGGGUUUAAACUCCUCCCUCCAUUUAGGAUAGCUCUACAAAGGAAGUUUGGGGGGAGUUCCCCCCAUUUAUAAAGGGUUUUUCAGAGGGUUUGAUUCCCUCCCCACCCCGCGUCUCUCUGUUUAAACCCCCCAAUCCCACUUUGAGUAACUUCUGUGAGGGGAGUUUGUAGGGGUUUAAGCACCCCGCUAUUUAGAGUAGCUCUGCCAGGGCAGUUUUGUGGGGUUUACACUCCCUCUUCCCCUCACCUAGAGUAGCUCUUCCGAGCGGGUUUUUUGGGGGGAUUUAAACAACCCCCGUUUAGGGUCUGGUGCGAUUUAACAUCCCCCUACCUGGGGUGGCUUUACCAAGGGGGUCUGUGGGGUUUGCGCCCCUCUUUUCCCUAAAACAUUUCAGCUCACAUCUGCCCAGAUGUUGAGCGCAGGGGGGGCUUUGCCACAGAACGGAGCAGGGUCUAGGAGGGGUUUAAACCCCGCUUAGGUUAGGUUUGGGAUUUGGACCCCUUUGGGAUUAAAGGAGAGGUCGCCGAGCCCCCCCCAAACCCCACUGCAAGCUCAAGCGGGAGCCCCCCCCAGCUCCAGCCCCCCAUUCCCAGCCUGUGGAUGUUGCAUCCCUGGAGAUGAUGCCCCCCGAGGAGGAGAGCCCGGAUGGGGACAGGGACGGUGGCCUUGUCCUGCUGCACGGCCCGAAGAGCGGCAGCGCACGCAAGCAGGGCUGUGACCCCUUUGCCCAGACCCAGCGCAGCAAACUCCAGCACCGCCGGGCCCGGAUCAACCAGCAGAUCAACAAGGAAAUGAGGAUGAGAGCGGGAGCCGAAAACCUCUUCCGGGCCACCAGCAACCACAAGGUGAAGGAAACGGUGGCUCUGGAGCUGAGCUACGUCAACUCCAACCUGCAGCUCCUGAAGGAGGAGCUGGAGGAGCUCAACAGCAGCGUGGAUGUGUACCAGAACGACAGUGAAUCCAUCAGCGUUCCCAUGAUCCCUCUGGGACUCAAGGAGACCAAGGAGCUGGAUUUGCUGGCACCGCUCAAGGAUUUCAUCAGUGAGCACUAUGGGGAGGAGGGCGUCCUGUUUGAAAAGGAAAUCAAGGAAUUCAUGGAGCUGCGGCAGGCCAUGCGCACCCCGAGCCGCAACGAGGCGGGACUGGAGCUCCUGAUGGAAUAUUACAACCAGCUCUACUUCCUGGACAGCCGGUUCUUCCCUCCCACCAAAACCUUGGGCGUCUUCUUCCACUGGUACGACUCCCUGACGGGGGUCCCGUCCCACCAGAGGGCUCUGGCCUUCGAGAAGGGAAGCGUCCUCUUCAACCUCGGAGCGCUGCACACGCAGAUCGGAGCGCGGCAGGACCGCGCCUCCCUGCCCGGCCUCAACCAGGCCAUCGAUGCCUUCCAGAAGGCGGCUGGUGCCUUUAACUACUUGAAGGAAAACUUCUCCAACGCUCCCAGCCUGGACAUGAGUGCGGCCUCCCUGACCAUGCUGGUGAGGCUGAUGGUGGCGCAGGUCCAGGAGUGCGUCUUCGAGAAGAUGACCCUGCUGCGUGCCCAGAAUGACUUCCUGGCCCGCCUGCAGCUGGCUCAGGAGGCAGCAAGGGUGGAAGAUGUUUAUUCCCUGGUGCACCAGACCAUGAGCCAGCCCCACGUCAAGGAUUACGUUCCCUUCUCCUGGAACACCAUGGUCCACGUCAAGUCGGAGCAUUUCAAAGCCCUCUCCCAUUAUUUCGCUGCCAUUGCCCUCUGCGACUGCCCCGCUCCCUCAGAUGCCGAGCUGCUGGAGCAGGAGAAGGCUUUCCUGCAAUUCCAUGUCACCAUGCCAGAGGGGCCGUCGCUUCGUGUCCUGCUGCAGGAUCCCGAGGAGAGGAGGAAGCUGGGCAAAGCUCACCUCAAAAAAGCCAUCAUGAAGCACGAGGAAGCCAUGAGGAUCCAUGGACUGUGCAAGAUCCUAAGGAAGAUGGACAUCCUGCAGGAGGUCCUGUCCUUCGCCCACAAACGCUCCCUGGGCAAAUAUUCCGAGAUCGACCACGAGGAGGAUUUCUUUGAGACGGGAGAGGCUCCGGACAUCCAUCCCAAAACGCACCAGAAACCCGAAAUCAAAUCCCCCAACUUCUCCCAGGUGAAGGUGACCGACCUCUUCCACAGGCUGGGCCCCCUCUCGGUGUUCUCAGCCAAGAACAAGUGGUAUCCAGCUCGGAGAGUCCACCUGAUGAGAGGAGAGAACGGCUUUGGCUUCACCCUGCGAGGAGACUCCCCCGUCCUCAUUGCCGGGGUCAUCCCGGGGGGCUGCGCUGCUGAAGCCGGGCUGAAGGAGGGGGACUACAUCAUCUCCGUGAAUGGCAAGGACUGCAAGUGGUCCAAGCACGCCGAGGUUGUCCAGCUGCUGAAGAGCACCGGGAAGGAGGGCGUGGACAUCGGAGUCAUCACCCUGCAGGGCUCGGAGUGUCCCAAAGCCGUGGACAGGAAGGCGGCGGCGAUGUCGUCGGGAGCCGGGAUGCUGAAGAGCAACAAGGAGAACAGCAGGAAGAGCCUGAUGAACAGCAAGAGCGCCAGCACGCUGCUGGUGUGGGGCAAGAAGAGCAAGAGGAGCAAGAAGAGCACCUACAGCGGUGUCCCCUUCACCGCCGUGGGCGACAACGAGCCCAUGUACUGACCUCAGCUCCAGGACUGGCUGCCCGGGAAGAUUCCCAAUCCCGGCUGGGCUCUGAGGAUUCCCACACCCGGGAACACGCCACUGGUCGGAUCCGCGCCGAGAGGUGAGCGAGGGCGCCUCCCACCUCCCCAGCUGCCUUGUCCAAGGAUCCCUUCAGCGCGGGGGAAGAUUCGGGGUUAUUUGUUAAUUUUGGGAUUGUUUUAUUUUUUUUGGCUCUCAAGGGGGUCGGGGGGAGCGGUGCUAAAGCAGGGCCUGGCUUGUGUCUUCUGCCUGGCCAAAGCCAGCCCCAGCCAUUAAAGCAAAAGUGUCACCUUCUGCAGCAUCUCCUGGGCUUUCUCUGCGAGGUACGAGGGGGAGCUGCUCUCCAAGAGCUGCUGGAGGGGCUGAAUCCUUCAGCUGAAUCCUUCCAGGCUCCCCUUUUUUGGGAGAGGGGACAGCGCCGGCGGGCAUCGAUGACCUGUGGUGAUCCCAUCACAGGGUCCAGCCCAGGCAGCAUCUCCCAGACGGGGCUAUCCCAACAAAAAUAGGAUGGUUUGACCAUUUUUAGUGCUUUUUGGGGUGGGUUUUUUGGAGGGAGUGAGCACCCAGAUUGGCUCAGAAAAUCCAGCCCAGCCGGAUUCUUUGGAAGAAAAGGGAAGGAUUUAACGUGCAGUUGUUGUCUGGCUUUUUUAAUCAGGAGACGUGGAUUGCCCUAAAUAUUCUGUGAGAAGAUUAAUAGCUAAGAGCCUUUGGGGGGGAGGGUUUAUUUUUCCUGGGAGGAGAUUAAAAUUCCAGGAAGAUAUCUCCUCCAGAUUAUUAAACUCCUAAAUUUGUGCUACUGUUGGAUCUUGCACAUGUUGCUAAUUCCCUAACGCUGCUGUCAGCAUUCCUGGGCUGGCCUGAUGGAUUCGGGCAUCUUGGUAAUUGUCCUGGAAAUGCUGGGAGACUCCGGAUCCACAAAACAGAUUGGCAAAAUUUCCUCCAUCCUGUUUCUGCCCAGUGCGUUAUUUUUUUCUGGGGGCUGAGGAGCUGUCUCUGUUCUUCAGUGCUCGGAUGAUCUUGGGAGGUAGAAAAUUCCCUUGGGAGAGAUGGGGUCGUAUUUUUGUACUUUUUUUAGGGAAUUUGUAGGGGUGGUUUAAAGGAGCCAUGGGAUCUCGUGGCCACAGUGUCCCCUGGGAUUGUGACUACUUCCAGUGGCUCCUCGUCCCUUUUCCAAGCUCUUAACCCUGAUAUUACGUAAGGAAAACUUCCAGCAAAAAAAAAAGCCAGGUCGGACUGGGUUGGAGCGAACUGGGAUAGUGAAAGCUGUCCCACGGCAGGGAGCGAAACAGGAUGGGCUUCAAGAUCCCAUCCAGGCCAACCCCUCCUGGGAUUUCAUGAGCUCGAGGAGAGGUUUUUAGCUCUGCUCUUGGCCCAGAGGCCUCUCCACAUCCUGAGGCAUCACCACGCCGGAUCCCGGAUCCGCCUUCCAGCGCGGGGCCAUCUGUAGCAGCCGGGCUUCCCACGUCAUCUUCCCGGCUGUUUGGCGUGGGAGCGGGAAGGAAAGGAGGGGGUGCGGUCACGGAAAAGGCCACCUUGCCCUUAAAACAUCCCGGCAGCGUUCUUCCCACCAUCCUAAAAAUGUGGGAUCGCCACCACGGACGUCUGCGAGCUGGAGAGGGAUUCAUUUCGGAGAAAUGCGAUAAUCCCGCGUCACCCAACCCCGGCAUCGGCGAAGGGGUUGUGUUUUGUGGGAUCGGGAUAAUUUCCCUAACUCCAGGGUUUUGUGUUGGGCUUGUUUCGUUGUUGUGUUCAUUUGUUUUUCUUUUUUUUUUUUUUUUUUUUAAUUUGUACAUGGAUACUCACCUUUUAUGGAUUAAAAAGCACUGAUUCAAA